AACCGUCCACUUCAAUGACGCCGAACACUCAGACUCUAGACGGGGCUCGGCCGGCGGUUUGGGUCAUCGAAGGUUAGUGAUCUCUAUUCGAUCCCACAGAGCUUUCUCCUUUAUUAUUGUGCAGACCUUGAAAGGUUACUAAAUUGGCUUUGCUCGUAAGGUCUUCUAUGUCCAUGCGCAUCAAUUCAAUUCGACAGGCUGGUGGCGUCAACAGUAUCGACAAUUUUGCGCGCUCAUGGCAGCGCGCGGCGGGCUUCUUCGAGAUUGCCCCGGUACGCAGGUCAUUUGCCAGUUAUGAAGAUGAAGACGAGAUAAGUCGCUCUCGCCGGGACGAAGAGGCUUCGCCUGUCUCCCAAAGGUCAUUGAUUCGAGAACAAUUAGAACGUGAAGGCCGGCCAUAUGAUUCGGAAGUGGGGGAAAUGAUCGAUGACGGUUAUAGCGAGGCCGCGGGCCCUGCAGACCAUCCUUCAGCAAAGAAAACAAUGCCUUCUGCAGACUUGUUCCCUCAUAUCGGCUCUCCAUUUGCAGGCAGCUAUGGUACCAGCUACGGAACCCUUGGGUCUCGCGCCAACGAAGCUUCCAUGCGGCAUGCGGCUCAGCUGUGGAGAGAACAACAAGAAACAGGGAGACAAGGAUUUGACAAAGAGAGGGAGCCUUUGCUAGUUAAAGCUGUCGAGCAAGAGGACGGAAAAGUUGUCAACGUGGUCGUUGGGCAGUCCACGUUACCGCAGACCGUCUUCAACUCCGUCAAUGUGCUGAUUGGUGUUGGCAUUCUCAGCCUGCCACUUGGAAUCCAGUAUGCUGGGUGGUUGAUUGGCAUGGGAUUCCUCUUAUUUUCUGCCGUCACCACGUCUUAUACCGCUCGACUUUUAGCUAAAUGUCUCGAUGUUGAUGGGUCCCUUGUUACGUUCGCUGACCUCGCAUAUGUAUCAUUUGGGCCGCGCGCACGAAUUGCCACCAGUAUCUUAUUCAGCAUAGAGCUUGUUGGGGCAUGUGUUGCUCUAGUGAUUCUCUUCGCUGACAGUCUGAACGCUCUCAUCCCUGGAUGGGAUUUAUUAACAUGGAAAAUCAUAUGUGGCUUGGUUCUCACACCUCUUGGAUUCGUUCCCCUGCGAUUCCUAAGCUUCACCAGCGUUUUGGGUAUUUUAUGCACCUUCGGAAUCGUCUUGAUGGUUUUCGUCGAUGGUUUUAUCAAGCCUCACACUCCGGGUUCCUUGAGAGAGCCAGCUGCGACGUAUUUGUUCCCACAGAAGUGGUCCACUUUGCCAAUGAGCUUUGGCCUAUUGAUGGCGCCUUGGGGCGGUCACAGCGUUUUCCCUAAUAUUUACAAGGAUAUGAGACACCCGCACAAAUACAACAGAGGUGUGAAAACCACCUUCAUCUUUACCUAUCUCCUUGAUCUGAGUAUGGCUGUGGCUGGUCUUCUCAUGUUUGGCGACCUCGUUCUUGAUGAGGUCACGUCGAAUAUUCUUAUGACCAAAGGAUAUCCCCAGGCGCUCUCUAUCUGCAUCGUCCUUUGCAUUGCGAUUAUUCCUAUCACAAAAGCACCUCUUAACUCUCGGCCAAUUGUCAGCACCAUCGAAAUACUCGCCGGUCUCGACGCUCGUGCCAUGGCUUCCUCCUCGGGUCUUGCCGGAAUGUCCGGUUUUGCUCGAGGUUCCCUUAAAGUCGCGAUUCGCUUGCUCGUGACGAUUUUGUACGUCAUUAUCGCGAUCGUAUGCCCGUCUUUCGAUCGUGUAAUGGCCUUGAUGGGCAAUGCGGCGUGCUUCACCGUAUGCAUAAUCCUGCCCUGUUCAUUUUAUUUGAAAAUAUUUGGUGCCGAGAUUAGCCUCAAGGAAAGGAUCUUGAACUGGUUUCUGAUUAUCAGUUGCUCGAUCUUGGCGACUAUCGGAACCGUCUGGGCGUUUUUGCCGAACUCUGCGAUUGAUAACAUGUAAAGGCAUCUGGAUUUGACGACUUGAUGACUUCUGUACAAAUUUGCGAAGAGAAGCAUUUCAGCGAUGUGUUCUGCAUAGUCGGUUUGGCAGUUCUUCCUUUCUUUCUACCCUCGCUCUAGAGAAUAGCGGAAUCUUA